AUGCAUUCUGUCGGUUUUUAUCACGAACAUGAACGUUGGGAUAGAGAUAAUUACCUUAUUAUUCUAUGGCAGAAUAUUGAUAGAGACCAGUUUGGACGUGUCGACCUCCUCGAAAGCAGUGUAUAUGGCCAAAAAUAUGAUUACAACUCAAUAAUGCACUAUGACAGUCUAGCCUUCAGUAGAAACGGUAGAGAGACGUUGGUGGCUAGGGAACCUGAAAUGACUAAAGUUGGGGGAAGAAAAUUUUUUUUAAAUUAA